AUGCCGUCCGGAUCCAUGUUGCUCAAAAUCCUUCUAUUAACUCAGAUAGUCGCUGUGCUUGGCGAUCGGGAGUCUCUGCUCCUCGACCUGGUGGAUGCGGUGGUCCAGGAAGCAAGCAAUGGAAACGCCACACUGACAACGUGCCAAAAGGAGCUGCUGCUCUUCCACGAUGCCCUGGAGAAAGAGACAUCCUGGGCAAUGAAGGCGCGGGACGCCUCCGGCGAGGGCUUCGGUGACUUUAUUAUGGGGCACAGCUUGUGGCUGGGCAGUCCGGACACUUGCCGGGCGGCCAGUGAGCCGGUGCUUCUCGAUUACACUGAGCGGGAUGCCCAGUUGCUGCGCCAAGUGUCGCCCUUUCCCCUGGACUACCAGGUGGCCUACGCCUGGCCCCACUCGCCGUGGCACUUUAAGCCGAUCAUUAAGGACGAAUCCUUGCUACACAUCGGCCUAUGCUUACCACGAAGCUGCGACUCCCCCGAAGUGGAGAAGCUGCUGAACGGAAUCUUGACAGCAGGCCAGACACGCUCCUUUCGGCGCUGGAAGAUCCAGCCCAGCUUGGCCGGCGUGAAAAAGCCGGGUCUCAGGAGGGACUUCUUCGCCAGCCGGAUGGUUCAGCUGUUUUUGGCUCUGACCGGAGCACAGCUGCUUCUCUGCUUGCUGUCCAGCGCAGGCCUGGGCCGGCACUCGCAGAUUCUUGCCUGCUUCGACCUUAGGAGCAACUGGCAGCGCGCCUGGAAGCCCAGCACAGAGGAGAAUAGCUGCAUCAACGGCCUCCGCGUGGUCACCGCCUUCGCUCUGGUGGGCCUCCACGUGGUCUGGUACAAGGCAUUUUCUGGGGACCCCUCGCUGAAGCUUCUAGAGUCCGUGACAGCGAUGACGAUGCGACACACCUACUGGCCCAGCACGGUGGAGGUCUUCUUUGUGAUCAGCGGCUUCCUAACGGUGUCGAACUUCCUGCGCAACGAGAAGCUUCAGCAGGACAUCGCCCGCGACGGCUUCAGUGGGAGUAACGUGUGCCGUCUCCUGGGCCAGGUCUUCCGCCGCUUCCUGCGCCUGGCACCUUUGCAGUUUGUAGCUAUGCUUUCGGCCUCUGUGGGAUCGCUGUACCAGCGGCAAGCUUCCCUGCUGCACGUGACGGUGCCGCACGACGAGAUUUGCCAGCAGCACGGAUGGCGUAACCUGCUCUUUGUGCAGAACCUAUUUCCUGUGGUGGAGCUGUGCGGCUCCUGGACCUGGUCCCUGGCCUGCGACAUGCAGCUCUAUCUACUGGCGCUACUGCUGCUUUUUCUGCACACCCGCCAUCCUCGGGUCGUCAGGGGGCUCGUUGGUCUACUCCUGGCCAGCAGCAUACUCUACACGAUGGGGAUGAUGAAGGUGCUGCAGGUGAAACCAAACUUCGAGGAGUUCUACCAGGCGGGAAAGUGGUUCUACAUGAGUCCCGUCAUCCGCAUGCUGUCCUACAUAGUGGGCGGGGCCUACGGAUAUACCCACGCCCUUAAAUGGGACACGCCUUUUGCCCUUAUGCUGCCCAACUGGUGGUCCAAGCUGACCCUCACCCUGAUCCUGGGGUGGCUGCUGCAAAAGGCCUUGGCGGAGCAGCUGCCGGAGGCUUCCAUCCUCAGCGCCUUAAUGGCAUUACUGCGGCUUUUGGUGGCUACCUGGGCCGGUCAACUAAUCCUGAGUGGCGAAGGCCGGGAAUCCUCGGCGCCCAACCGCUGGAUCCUGGCCCUCCUCCAGUCGGAACAGCUACAGCGGAUCAGUCGGUUCACCUAUGCCAUCUAUUUGCUGAACCCCGUCAUCAUCAUAUGGUUCUACCACUCCUUCACCUCCGCUGUUAACGCCGACAAGUCCUUGUUGACCCUCCUGAUAGUGGGUCACUGCGGCAUUUGCUACUUUCUGUCCAUCGGAGUCACCUUGCUGUUCGAGAUGCCCUUCAACCGAUUAUCCAGUCUGCUCACCAGCUCAAGAUCACCCAGAACGAAAACCCAUUAGUUUUAGAGUUUCAGAAUGCUUUGUAAAAAUGAUUUCUUCUUAUAAAUAUGGUCGAUAUCGAGCAGUUGGGGAAACAAUAUACUGAAUUCGAACCAA